GGAGGAGACAAAGCCGGGAAGUUAAAAAGCCUUGACCCUCCCUCUGUGCGUCUGUGCAAAGGUUGUGGUGGAUGCUGAACCAGCUGGGGCCGGGUUGGGACAGCUUGUGUGCUCAAGGGUGUGAACCGGAGUAAAUUGAAACUACAGUUGUUUGAGUCAGCAAAAUUGAGAGGCUUUGUUGUAACUGGAAGUCCAUUCACCGUCAAGGGUUUUUGAAGUAAAAAAAUGUCCAGAAAAAUCCAUGGCGGUUCUGUGGUGGAGAUGCAAGGCGAUGAAAUGACACGAAUCAUUUGGGAAUUGAUUAAAGAAAAACUCAUUCUUCCCUAUGUGGAACUGGAUCUGCAUAGCUAUGACUUAGGCAUUGAGAACCGUGAUGCCACCAACGACCAGGUCACCAAGGAUGCUGCAGAGGCUAUAAAGAAAUACAACGUUGGCGUCAAGUGUGCCACCAUCACCCCCGAUGAGAAGAGGGUUGAGGAGUUCAAGUUGAAACAAAUGUGGAAAUCUCCAAACGGCACCAUCCGAAACAUUCUGGGUGGCACUGUCUUCAGAGAAGCUAUUAUCUGCAAAAAUAUCCCCAGGCUGGUGACAGGCUGGGUAAAACCCAUUAUCAUUGGCCGUCAUGCUUAUGGGGACCAAUACAGAGCAACUGAUUUUGUUGUUCCUGGGCCUGGAAAAGUAGAGAUAACCUACACACCAAAAGAUGGAAGUCAAAAGGUGACAUACAUGGUGCAUAACUUUGAAGAAGGCGGUGGUGUCGCCAUGGGCAUGUACAACCAGGACAAGUCAAUUGAAGAUUUUGCGCACAGUUCCUUCCAAAUGGCUCUGUCCAAGGGCUGGCCUUUGUACCUAAGCACGAAGAACACUAUCCUGAAGAAGUAUGAUGGACGCUUCAAAGACAUCUUUCAGGAGAUCUAUGACAAGCAAUACAAACCCCAGUUUGAAGCGCAGAAGAUCUGGUACGAGCACAGGCUCAUUGAUGACAUGGUGGCCCAGGCCAUGAAGUCAGAAGGAGGCUUCAUCUGGGCCUGUAAAAACUAUGAUGGCGAUGUGCAGUCAGACUCCGUUGCCCAAGGUUAUGGCUCCCUUGGCAUGAUGACCAGUGUGCUCAUUUGUCCAGAUGGAAAGACGGUAGAAGCAGAGGCUGCCCAUGGCACCGUCACACGCCACUACCGCAUGUACCAGAAAGGACAGGAGACGUCCACCAACCCCAUUGCUUCCAUUUUUGCCUGGUCCCGAGGCUUGGCCCACAGGGCAAAGCUUGAUAACAACACUGAGCUCAGCUUCUUUGCAAAGGCUUUGGAAGACGUCUGCGUUGAGACCAUUGAGGCUGGCUUUAUGACUAAAGACUUAGCUGCCUGCAUUAAAGGCUUACCCAAUGUACAACGUUCUGACUACUUGAAUACAUUCGAGUUCAUGGACAAACUUGGAGAAAACUUGAAGACCAAACUGGCUCAGGCCAAACUUUAAGGUCAAACCUGGGCUUAGGACAAGUCUUUGUGGUAACUAGGUCCAUAGGUUUACAUUUUUUUUUUUCAAAAUAA